GAGCCGCUACUUAAUGGCCGCCCCGCGGCCGGCGGCAAAUCACGGCGGGCAGUGCCCGGGGCGUCGUUUACCCAAAAACGGGGGAAAUUAAACCAAAAUUAACCCCCGCUAUCCCCCGACACCCCUCCUCCGGCUGCCCCAGGGCCGGGGGUGCUUGGUUGGUUUCUUUUUGGCACCUCUUUUCCUGUUUUUUUUUUUUUUCCAUCUUUUCCUAUUUUUUUCUAAUUUUUUAAGUAUUUCUUUCUAUUUUUUUUGAUUUUUUUUUUUUUAAAUUUAAAUUCCAGAAGCUUCCUGCGCACUCCCGUCAAGUUUGGGAGCGGGGGGACGUCGCUGGGACGGGGAUCGGCCCCGUCCCUUCCCUCCGCCGCCCCCCGUGGAUGCUGGAGCUGCCGGGGCGCCCCGGCAUGGCUGAGGGGUGGCUGAGCCUGCGGGCGGCCGAGGCCCGAGGCCAGGAGGGCGGCAUGGGCGACUCGAGCAACCUGGACGACAGCCUGACCAGCCUGCAGUGGCUGCAGGAGUUCUCCAUCAUCAACGCCAACGUGGGCAAGUCGUCCUCGUGCCCCAGCGGCCCGGACCCCCACGAUUACCACCGCAUCCCCGGUUUCGCCGCCCCGUGCUCGCCCCUGGCCGCCGACCCGGCGUGCAUGGGGAUGCCCCACACCCCCGGCAAGCCCACCUCGUCCUCCACCUCGCGGACGGCCCACCCGGCCGUGGGCAUGCAGCCCCCCGCCGAGGACAUCGACUACAAGAGCAACCCGCACGUCAAGCCGCCCUACUCGUACGCCACCCUCAUCUGCAUGGCGAUGGAGGCCAGCAAGAAGACCAAAAUCACCCUCUCGGCCAUCUACAAGUGGAUUACCGAUAAUUUCUGCUACUUCCGACACGCCGACCCCACCUGGCAGAACUCCAUCCGGCACAACCUCUCCUUGAACAAGUGCUUCAUCAAGGUGCCUCGGGAGAAGGACGAGCCAGGGAAAGGCGGGUUUUGGAAGAUCGACCCCCAGUAUGCCGACCGGCUGAUGAACGGCGCCUUCAAGAAACGGAGGAUGCCCCCAGUGCAGAUCCACCCGGCCUUCACCAGCAGAGCCCAGCAAAAAGUGCGCUGCGUCGCCGGCCCCGUGGCUUCCACUUGGACCAACGGUAACAUCCUCAACGUCAACGUGGAGUCCCAGCAGCUGCUGAAGGAGUUUGAAGAAGUCACUGGUGACCAGAACUGGAACCCGGCGGACAGAAAGGCAGGCCACAAGCGCAAGCAGCCCUUGCCCAAGCGUACGGCCAAGUCAGCUCGGCUUUCCAGCCCUGCCUUGCUCACCCAGGAGGAGCAGACCGAGCUGGGAUCGCUGAAGGGUGACUUUGACUGGGAGGCCAUCUUCGACACCAACUUGAACGGAGACUUCUCCACUUUCGAGGACCUGGAGCUCACACCUCCCAUCAGCCCGAUAAGGCGCGACGUGGACUUGACGGCGCACGGGCGCCACAUCGACUGUCCCCAGGAGUGGUGCACCACUGGGCACGAGCAGGUCCUCAGCGAAUCCAGCCAGAACAACCUGGACUUUGACGAGACCUUCAUGGCCACUUCUUUCCUGCAGCACCCCUGGGACGAAGGCAGGAACGAUUACCUCUCCAGCUCCGUCGGCGUGGAGCAGUUGUUUGAGCUCAGCGACACCUCUUUGCCUGCGGAUGUGAACGACUGGAGCAGCGUGGGAUCCUUUUUAUAAGCGGCCACUUGAAGGACUCAACCAAGCCCACGGAGACUUUAGGGUGCUCCCCCUGUGCUGCUGGAACUUACACGGGGGACAAGAUUUUCUAGAGGCAGACAUCACAGCAACUUCUGUAGCUUCAUCGUAGGGUUAUUCACAGACAUGCCAACGGGUGAGGGUGGGAAGGUGGGGGGUGGGGAAUGACACAUUAAGACAGAAAUCGCUUGAAGUAUCUUUAAAGGACACGCCAGAAGUCUGUGGUCCAUGAGUUUGCUCAAGAAAGGGAUAUAGCAGUACUUAUUUUUUUACUUUUUAAAGAAAGAAAUGUGAAUUACAUUUUUUUCCGUGGAAAUGGACACGGCACACACUCCUCCUGGGCUAAAGGAGAGCACCUGCUAAACAGAUCCAAGAGAGGAGAUUCCUGGUGGCUUAGGACUUGAUAGACUACGUGCAAUUUCCUCACCCCUUCUUCUCUCCGUUUAUCUCUCUUUCUGUCCAGGGUAGUUUGUAGGUGUAAGGCGAUAAUUAGCUAGCAGGCAAAUAGAGGUCCCUUCUGGAUUCUUCAAGUUCAACCUCCCUCCUGAAUUGUGCCUAGGGAAGAAGAAAAGGUCUGUAAAGUCAGAUGCAAAUCAGCAAAUCCGUCUCUUUAGAUGUUUUUAUAUAAUCUAUUAUAUAUUAUAUAUUCAAAGAAACCUAUAUUUUUAGCAUUAGCGUUAGAAUAUCUUUUCAGAGGGGAUAGGGGAAAUGCAGUUUGGGGGUUGCUUUGUAUUUUUGCUGAGUAAAAGCUCGUGUUUGUCACUCUGCAAACCAAGACCGCAGCGUCCUGCACGUCCGCUUUGAGUGCGCACCAGGGAGGCUUCCUGCAGCGGCAGUUUCAUUCAGGAUCCAGGAUUCGGCCACGGCAGGAGAGGAGCAGAGGGGACUGGGUUGCUCCCAGAAGUGACUUUCAUAUUUUUUACACCCAGAAUCCUUGCUGCGAUUGCCCAAGGGUCUAGACCAGCAUAACCCUUCCCUGUGUUUCAGCAUCACCACCGUUCCCAGUGCCUGUGGAGGAGCUCCAGGCAAAGUUGAGACAUCUG